GCGAAACUGAACAUCUCAAGUCAGCUUAGUGCCGCCAGAGACAAUGGAACUAACAGAAGAGGAGAAGCGAGUGUUGGAGGCCUUCAGGAAUUUGGAAGUGAAGCCAACAGCAGACACCGCUGCCGACCUGCGCCAAUGGGUGGCAGGGUACGCUGCGACAAGGGAUGGAGUGGAGACUGCGCCGCUGAAUGCCAGCGGACCACAGACACCGCGACUGUCGCCAUUUUCCGGGGGCAAGAACGACACAGCGCUGGACCUGUGGAAGUAUGAACUGAUGUGUUUGCGGGGGAGGUAUACAGACGCUGUUGUGUUGGAAGCUGUCCGCCGUUCUUUGAAAGGAGAGGCGGCCAGAGUGGCCAUGCGUCUGUGCCCGCACGCGACAUUGAGCGAGGUGCUGCAGAAAUUUGACAGUAUUUUUGGUCUCGUGGUGUGUGACCAAGAUCUACUCGGGUCCUUCUACACUCCGCGCCAGGAGGCUGGGGAGAAUGUCACGCAGUGGCGGUGUCGCAUAGAAGACAUCCUGACACAAGCCCUGAGUGCGCGCCUGAUAGAAAGACGCGCAUACAGCGAGACGCUGCACUGCAGACUGUGGGGAGGCCUACGGCAACCCCUAAAGGAUCGAACUGCCUACAAGUUCGAAAUGGAGACAGACGUGGACGCUCUAUUUCGCAGCUUAAGGCAGGCCGAGCAGGAGGCCGAGGGACCAGCACCAAAGACAGGUGCUGGAAAGCAAGCGGCGGUCAACGCUGCACAAACCAUCCCGGCCGAAGACUGGAAUGCAGAGGUCAGGAAGCUGUCGGCUGAGGUGCAGUCGUUGCGGCACCAACUGCAACAAGGACCACGCAACGAGCCUGCGGCUGGCAAGGCGUUAAACCAGCGGCCACCACGCUCCAGCUACGAGGACGACGGGCCUACAUGCUUCAGGUGUGGCGGCAAGGGCCACAUCAAAGUGGGGUGUCGCAUGCGCAUUGACCAUCUGCGCAAGCCCCUAAACUACAGGCUGACCUGCAGAAAGGAGCAACGGGUUGACCAACGUUCACCGGCACACGGCCCCGCUGGCGAGAAAACAUUGAUAGGACCCAGCACAUGUGUAGAUGUCUGCAUCGAAGGUGUGGCCACGGCAGCGCUGCUGGAUACAGGUGCCACUGUAUCAACGGUGACGGAGACAUUCCAUCGCCAGAAGCUGGCACACCUGGCCGUCUGUCCGCUUCAAGAAGUGUUACGUAUUGAGUGUGCGGAUGGCCGAAUGCUCCCGUACGUAGGAUACAUCCAAGCGGAUAUACGAGUGGAGGGGGCAGGGGGCGGGACUGAUAGUCUCCCCUGCCUACUGCUGGUCAUUCCAGCAACCAGAUAUAGUGACAGUGUUCCAGUGCAGCUAGGUACCAAUGUCCUGGAACAGCUUAUGCACCAGGCACAAGACAAGCAAGGAUCCCAAUUCCUGCAGGACGCACAGCUACAACCAGUACUGCAUCGUUCCUUUCGCUGCCUAGCGAUGCGGAACAGAGCGCCGCGCAUGAAUCGCAACAAGCCGUACGCGCGCGGUUUACAGACAACGACCAUCAGAUCAGUCAACAAUGUUUCGUGUGAAAGUGCCAUGGGUAUGACGGAAGCGGCACCAGACUCUGUAAACUCAGUGGUUAUCUCGCCUGAUUUGACAGUGAAACAGCAGGCGGGCAGAGACACGAUUAGCGUCCAGACCGACAAUUCUGGAACCAGUGGAACUAAUAAUAGUGGCAAACUCACACGUGUAAAGGACGCAACUGAGCAUACAAAUGGAUCAAAGAAAAAACGGACUCUUCGCCGCAACAUGUUGCUACCAGUGAGCGGAUUAAUACAGGAUGCGCAUCAACCAGAAGAUGCGAGGGAUUACUCGCUUUAUCGGAGGAAACGAAAGCCACGCCGCCAGUUCAGAAAGGACGACACAUCUAGUGCAGAGUCAUCCGCCGGUGAAAAUGAGAGAGACAGUGACACGUCUAGCUCUGUGGUCGUACAUACCCGGCCGCCAACUACCAGAUCAAGAGGACAGCCGCCGGCGAGUGAUGACAGUGACCAAGAACAGCAAGCAAGAGCGGACAAUGAGGCAGAACCACCCAGGCCACUCCCUGAUCCUGAUUCAGAGAGCACCACCCUUCCUCCACUGCCCAAUGACAACGACAGUCAAGUGCCGGAUGUUCAGGAAGGAGGGAGAGAUGAGGAGGGGGCUAAGCCACGUGCAGUGGUUACCCCGCCUCUGUCACCACGCCACGCCCCGCGAGCGUCCACAAGGCCACGUCAGCAACCGACGUGGAUGAGGAGCGAAGACUACAUACUUCGCCAGCAGCAAACACUAGGUAAUUAUAGCUUUAAAUGUGACAAACUGAAAAUGCUGCUGAGCAAGCUAUCUUUAGAAAAACUGCCUGAGACUGUGGUGACCACGCUCAUUAAGGCUGUCUGGCCACUGUUAUAAACGCAACAUGGCUACAGCAACAAUUUGUACAUUUAUGUUUAUAAGUUUGCCUAAGAUGUAUAUAUUUUUAUAGCACGUUACAUUUGGAAAAAAAUAUGGGUUCUAGUUUUAAAUGUCGAGGACAACAUUUCUCCUCGAGGGGGUGUAUAUGGUAGUGUGUAGACAAGGGGGCGGCGAUGGUGGGUGGUCGCCGGAAGAGGCCGAAAAUAGUUCAAUUCAAUUCAAUUCAAUUCAAUUCAAUUUAACUUUAUUAUCUCACUAGGAGAAAUUAAAAGACGUGGUAAAACAACUGGCUGAUAAUAAAACUUAUAAUAAAAACUUAAU